CCUAACAAAGAGAAAGAGAGAGAACAGGUUAUACCGUUGACAUGGGAUCUCAACAAUUUUGCUUAAAAUGGAACAAUCACCAUUCAAAUCUUAUCGGAGUGUUUGAAAAGUUGUUAGCCCAAGAAUCCUUUGUAGAUGUCACCCUAACUUGUGAAGGGAAGAAGUUGAAAGCACAUCGUAUUGUACUGUCCGCUUGUAGCCCAUUUUUUGAAAGUUUGUUUGAUGAAAAUCCAUGUAAGCAUCCUAUAAUUGUUUUAAGAGAUAUGAAGUUUUGUGAACUGAAAGCAAUUGUUGACUUCAUGUAUCACGGAGAGACGAGCGUUUGUCAGGAGCAACUUUCCAUUCUGCUGAACACAGCUAAGUUUCUACAAGUUCGAGGUCUUGCAGAGAUGUCGGGUCCUUCAACGCACCAGUCCGAUGACAAAACUACAGCCGAAACCAGUAAUACGACAACAUCUCGUCACAAGAGAAGCGUGGGAGAUCAAGAAGAACUAAAGAUGAAACAGUCAUCAUCGUUCUCUUCUAAUAACAAUAGUGAAGUGUUGGUGAAUCCUUAUCGUCUACCUCAUAAGGAAAUAACUCGUUCAUCUAUAGACAAAAGUCCAAGAAGAGAGACAUUAGGAGUUCCAGUAGAGGAAUUGGAUAGAACCUUUACUCUGCAACCAACUGAUGAUGUGUCUCAACCAACUGAUGAUGUGUCUCAACCAACUGAUUUCUUGGAACAGUCUUUAGUAAUUAGAAAUGUAAGUAGUAAGUUUGUAACUCAAGAUCAACAGUACUGUUUCACUAAGUAGUAAG